AUGGCCCAAACCCUAGAGCAACGCCGCCGAAACGCAAAGUUCGCAAAGGAUCAGGAGGCGCGCAUGGGCCGGUCGGAGGAACAGGUCAAGAAGCGCGUCAAGGAGGCACCCAAGACGUCCAUCUCCAUGUUCUGGAUUGCCAUUCUCGGCUUCGUUGUUUUCGGUGGUCUGAUGUUCGAGGGCAUCGCGCGCAUGUUCGGCCGAUAA